AUGUCUCGAACAAUUUCAGUGUUUUUCAUUCUAUUCCUUUGCUGCACCUCUUCAUUCAAUCAAUUAGUGCACGCAAACACAAUUGACCUCAACAAUCUCCACAAACAAUUUGACUUGGUCAUGACUUCAAUCAUGCCAAAUUCAAUUAUGACCUUCCACCCAAAGUUUAAACAAGUUUAUACUGUUGGAAAUUCGAAUAGUGUUGGUCCAUCCUCAUUGGAUUAUUGUUGUUUACCUCCAAAAGUUUCGAUUAAAUCACGAGUUUUCCAAUUGGCUGUUCUUCAUAAUACUAGUAGUAGCACUUAUUAUUCUGAUUGGGUUUUGAUGAAUGAUUUGGAAAACUUUAGAGCUCGUUCAGAUGUGCUCAAUACUAAUGCUGGUUCGAAUACUUCAGUUUAUUCCUAUAGAAAUGAAUUGGAUGGGUUGACCUAUAAUUAUGUUCACAUGUGGAAUCAAGAAUGUUUCUGUACCAAGACAAGUAAGGCAGAUUGGAAGAAAGGUUUCUGUACUCCACCUGGUAAAUUACUUGAAGAAUCGAAUAUUGCAAUGAGAAUUGCUAGAAAGUAUGGGACUGAACGAAAGGAAACGAAUGCAAAUUAUUCAGGAGCCUAUGCAUGGACACAAUCUGUUGAGGGAUUAAAUAAGGAAUAUUGUUGGUUCAUUGGUGACUAUGUUUUUGAAGUGAAUAUUUAUGGAACUGUUUCAAAAACUACUCAAUUUUAUGACAUGUCAUUAAAUGUUGACGAAAAGGCAUUUGACAUUCCAAUGGUUUGUCCUCCACCAUCCUCAUGUCGAUUGGUUUAA